GCACGGAAAGAUUCGAUCUUUAAUCUCCUUGUUUUCUUGUGAUCUCUUAUCAUCUGUUAUGCUUGUGGUCUUGAAAUAAAGGAGCCAGCUCAGUAAUGAUGAUCAAACAUGAGUGAGUAAUUCAUGAAGGAUAUUGAUUUCGCUAGACACUGUUGGUGAUACAACAAUUCGUCAACUUUAGUGAUGAGAUUUUAAUCUAGUACUAGUAUUCGUUAUGGCUAUGUUCGUCAGUAUCAUAAUUAAUGGGUGAAACUUUUGCUAGAUCAUGGUAGGACUGUAGAAGAAAAGAAAUGCAACAAGGACAUAUAAUUGGCGAGUUGGAAACUUGGAAUUAAAUAGUGUGCAUAUACACGUGUCUACAUUAUGUACUGUUUUUAGUAACAUGAAGCUGUUGUUUCAGUUUUCACAAUUACCAAGUCUUCUGUUUCAGGAUACAAUGGUUGUUGCCGAGUAUCUAUGAUCUCUGCGUACUGACAUUGAACUGCCAUCUCAAUUAGCCAAUCACAACACAACUGCGUUUUCUAUAGCCUGAAACAUCUCAGUAAUGAGUUGUUUUCCCCUCUUUUUCAAAAGGUCAAGGACCGUGCAGCAACAAACUGAUCCAUCUAAUGAAGACUUUGCUGGUGCUGAGAACAUUACAAGAUACAGCUAUAAGGAGCUGGCUAAGGCAACACUGAAUUUUGACCAAUCCAAUAAGAUUGGUGAGGGAGGUUUUGGACCUGUAUACAAGGGAACUCUGAAGGAUGGAACAAAUGUUGCAGUAAAGUUACUGUCUUUACAGUCUAGACAAGGUGUGAAGGAGUUCCUCAAUGAACUUAUUGCAAUCUCUGACAUUUCUCAUGAGAAUCUUGUCAAACUUCAUGGCUGUUGUGUGGAGGGGAGGCACAGAAUACUCGUGUACAAUUAUCUUGAAAACAAUAGCCUUGCACAUACCCUUCUAGGUUCUAGGCAAAGUAACAUACAGUUCAACUGGAGAACUCGAGUAAAUAUAUGCAUUGGUGUUGCCAGGGGACUGGCAUUCCUUCAUGAUGGUGUCCGCCCUCACGUUGUCCACCGGGACAUCAAAGCCAGCAAUAUACUUCUUGAUAAAGACCUCACACCGAAAAUUUCUGACUUUGGUUUAGCAAAGCUUCUACCCUCAGAUGCAUCACAUGUUAGCACAAGAGUCGCAGGAACACUAGGUUACUUGGCUCCUGAAUAUGCAAUCCGAGGACAAGUGACACGGAAGUCAGAUGUUUAUAGCUAUGGUGUUCUUCUUGUGGAAAUAGUCAGUGGAAGAUGCAACACUGACACCAAAUUGCCCUACGAAGACCAGAUCCUUCUCGAGAAGACAUGGAAAUAUUAUGACCAGGGGCAUUUGGAGGAGAUCAUAGACAGUUCUAUCGGCGAUGACGUGGAUGUCGAUGAAGCCUGCAGAUUCUUGAAAGUUGGUCUCUUGUGCACCCAGGACAUCACAAAACGUCGACCGUACAUGUCCACGGUGAUCAGCAUGUUAACAGGUGAGAUGGAGGUCGACAAAGAGAAGAUCAACAAGCCUGAUGUAAUCAGGGACUUCAGUGAUCUCAAGCUCAGGAGCAAGGCCACAUCAUCCUCCUCAUUGUUGACCUCCAUCAUGGCGCACUCAACUCCCUCGUCGUCUCAAGAGACGACGCGCACCUCCAUCACAUUCACCGCGAUAUCGGACCGCUGACUGAUGGGGCUCUCUCUGCAAGUGUAAAGUGUGUAGAGUAAGAGUAAAAAAAACGUAGCAUAGGCGAGAUUAUUUUCAUCUUUGUUGCUUGCAUAAUCUUGUAUGUAGUAUUUGCAUCAUCCCCCAUGUAUUGAAACCUUAACACAUUUGUUGAGCCAGGCCCAGAGAUAUACAACCCAUUUAUGUCUUGAA